UUUACUGGGCGUGAGGUGAAGAGCGAGGGAUUGUUGAGCGAGUAGAGGAGCUGCAGCUCUUCAUCCGUACUUCACCCUCAACUUGGGUACUGGAGUUUCCCACUCUCGGAAACCUCUGCCGCUAUGGGACUGCGGAAGAAAAACAAGAGUCCGCCAGUCUUGAGCCAUGAGUUCGUUAUCCAGAACCACGCGGAUGCUGUGUCCUGCCUGGCCAUGGGCCUCCUGUUGGGGCUCAUGUUCGAGGUUACAUCCAAAUAUGCCAUCAUGUUUAUAACUGUACAAUACAAUGUUACAUACAACAUAGAUGAUGGAUCUGACCCAGUUCAUUUCUAUGAGUAUGGUCCAAAAGACAUGGCCACCAUCUUCUUCUACAUGCUUAUAGCCAUUAUUUUGCAUGCAGUGAUUCAGGAAUAUAUACUAGAUAAAAUUAAUAGACGUCUCCACUUGUCAAAAACAAAACAUAGCAAAUUCAAUGAGUCAGGACAACUAGCCUUUUUCUACUUAUUUUCAUUUGUAUGGGGAGCAAGUAUUUUGUCUGCAGAAGAAUUUACAACAAAUCCAACUUUGUUAUGGAAGGAUUAUCCUCAUUCUCAUAUGUUUUUUCAGGUUAAAUUCUUCUAUAUUUGCCAAAUUGCCUAUUGGCUCCAUGCACUUCCAGAACUGUACUUCCAAAAGAUUAGAAAGGAAGAUAUUCCAAGACAGUUGCACUAUAUUUGUCUUUAUAUUGCCCAUAUAUCUGGUGCCUAUAUCUUGAACCUUCAGCGCUUGGGUCUAAUUUUGCUGAUACCUCAUUAUCUUGUAGAGCUCAUUUUUCACGCUUCACGUCUUUUCUACUUCAGUGAUGAGAAUAAACAGAAAGGAUUUACCCUUUGGGCACUUUUAUUUGUAAUGGCUCGUCUUUUGACCCUGACUUUGUCAGUUCUCACCUUUGGAUUUGGUCUCACAAAAGCAGAAAACUCUGGCUUUUCUGUAGCAGAAGGAAAUUUCAACAUACUCACAAUUAGAAUUAGCUGUCUGGCUGCAAUUUGUUUGACUCAGGCUUGGAUGAUGUGGAAAUUCAUCAAUUUCCAGUUAAAGAAAUGGAGAGAACAUGCACAGAAUCAAAUUCCUAAGAAAAAAACAAACACAAAAAUUAAGUCAACAAAAAAAGAGUCCUGUAGAUCUAACUUCGUAAAUGGAACAAUAAAAUCUGAAGAGGGCAUAUCACCUAGGAAAAGAAGAUCAAAAUUUUUGUGAAGAGCACAGAUAUAGAGGACACUGAUUUAAUUGAAGACUUUCUCACCUUAAAUAGAAAAUCUGAAUCACACUGACCAUAGAACAACUCUGUUUGUCUAUUUGGGCUAAAGAACAUUGGUUAAAAUAAUAUAUUUUUAAGUGUAUGCUCAUCAAAACAAACUUACGAUGACAAUAUUAUUUUAAAAUCAUUUAUUUAACACAAUCAUCUUGAAAAUAGGAUAUUUUAUUAUAGCCUGACCUCUAAUUACAAUGCUGUAAUAUUAAUAGAACAGCAUGGGGGAAUCUAAUAAAUCACAGUUGUCUUUUAUUUGGAACUUUAUUUCAUUGUAUAAAAUGUAAUUUAGAAUUAAAGUUAGAUUUAUUUUGCAAUUUUUUCCUAAAUUUUCUAUUAUAAAAGUGCUUGAAAUUCCUUUUUAGGUUAGAGAACAAAUUAUUAUUUUUAUUAUCUCUCCAUUUGGUUAAAGGAGUUGUCAUUAGAACAUCAGUUAAUACUAUAAUUUGAGAAAAUGUCAGUUUAGCAUAUCCAACAAUGUGCUUUCAAACAAUUCCCAUCAUGUAAUAAUUUAAUGCUUAAUUUUGAAGAAUGGAAUCCUUUUUAAUUCCAAAAAGCUGGUUUUAUAUUAAUGGAUUCUGAAUGUAAAAAUUUUUUUUGAAACUACAUGCUUCUUCAAUAUGGUGCUAAAAAGUGCUGGUUUAUUUAGAGAUCCAUGAAACUGUUAUAUAAUUAAUAUUUAAUUUGCAGAACUUAAAACAUUUUGAAAUUAUUUUCCUAGUGUAAAAAAAUGUCAGGUUGUAACAUUAGAUACGAAAAAGACAUUUAUAAAUCCUGCAUUUUUGUCAGAAAACAAUAUUAAAAAUACCAGGCCCUGCAAUAUAAUUUUGCCAUUUGGUCUGAUCCUCCAUCAUACCAAAAGCUUUUACUACCAAAUAAUAGCUUUCCUUGGAUGCUUAUUGUAAUAGCAUAAAUGCACAUAUUUACUAAGAAACAGGACAUUUUUGAUUGUGCCAAAAUCUCCUGUUAUAAUUCUUUCAAAAGGGUAGGACAACUGGUGCCUUCCAGAAUUAACCAUACUAGUUAGAGGUGACAGAAGUUAAAGUCCAGAACAUCUGAAGCAAACCAGGUUUUCU